AUGCCCCAACUGCACAGGCCCAGGAGAAUAGCCUGCGCCGAGAGCCCCCCGGAGGUCUCUGAGGGAGCCGAAGGAGGCGCUGGGCACGCCAACGCCGGCUACUCCAGCGGGGAUGAAAAGGGGGAACCCUCCCAAGGGAACGACGCGGCGGCGGCGGCGGCGGCGGGGGACGUAGAGGACCAGCCGCUCCUGCGGGGGAUUUUUGAGGUCAAGAAGAAGAGCUGCGACGUGGUGCUGAGCGCCCAGAGGCUUAGCUGGAGCCCCAUCACGCCUGAGAGCCCCCUAGGAGGUUUCAGUAUUGGUUUACGGCGUAAGGAAAAAUCUGUUGAAAUGAAAGAUGUAUUUUCCAUAAAAUUGAAACGUCGUCGUUUUGCUGGGCAAGAAAAAGGAGGCAUGCUAUUAGGAAUUACUAUUUUUGUGUGUCUAAAAAAAGAAGGCAAUAAACUUAAAGAUGCCACCAUCAAUCUAGGUAACAUAAGUGAAGACCAUUGUUAUUUAUGGUAUAGAUCUUUGAAGACCAUUUUGACGGGGUUUUCAAAUCGGCCAAAGUCAUUAAAAGUAUUUAUCAAUCCAACUAGCCAUAAAAAAGAAGCUACUCGGAUUUAUUAUGAGCAAGUUGCUCCCCUCUUCAAACUGGCUGACAUCAUGACUGACGUUACUGUUACUGAAUAUGAAGGUCAUGCUCUUACACUGCUGAAGGAAUGUGACCUAAAUUCUUUCCAUGGGGUGGUUUGUGUUGGUGGAGAUGGCACUGCCAGUGAGAUUGCUCAUGGUCUUUUGGUUAGAGCCCAGAUGGAUGCUGGAAAGAACUGUGAUAAUGCACUUGUACCAGUCAAAUCACAACUUCCACUUGGGAUAAUACCAGCAGGUUCCACCAAUAUUUUGGCACAUACUCUAAAUGGAAUCCAACAUACACAAACAGCAACAUUGCAUAUAAUAUUGGGGCAUCUAAAAUCAGUGGAUAUGUGCACCUUCAGUAGCCCUAUCAAACUACUUCGCUUUGGAUUCUCUUCAAUGUUUGGCUUUGGAUCAAGGACUCUAGCCUUGGCUGAAAAGCAUCGCUGGAUUCCACCAAAUCAGCGUAAAGAUUUUGCUAUAAUCAAGACCCUAGCAAGCCUCAGACCAGAAGAUUGUGAAAUAUCAUUCCUCCCAUUGAAGCAUCUACAGCAAGACGCACAAGAAAAUGAUAGAAGGAAGGAAGGGAGACUUAAACCAGACCACACAGAUGAGUGGCAGAGAAUCGAGGGUCAGUUCCUGAACGUGAGCAUUAUGGCAAUCCCUUGUCUCUGUUCAGUGGCACCAAGAGGUUUGGCUCCUAAUACCAGAUUGGAUGAUGGAAGCAUAGCUCUUAUAACUGUAAGGAAUACUUCCCGGCAAGAAUUCAUUAAACAUUUGAAAAGAUAUGCUAGUGUGAAAAACCAGUUCAGCUUUCCUUUUAUUGAUACUUACGUUGUUGAAGAAGUAAAAAUCUGUCCAAGAAUUGGAAUGAAACAUAUCCCUGCAGAUAAUCUAAAUUGUAUAGAUUCUGAAGAAAAUACUUAUCCCUGGAAUAUAGAUGGAGAUUUAGUGGAAUGGGCAACAGAAGUUCAUAUCCGGGUACAUCCCCAGUUGAUUAAUCUAUAUGGAGGAAAUGAUGUUAUUUUGGAUAAUCUGAAAGAAUCCUGCAGCUGUAUUUAGAAAUAGUCUAUUAAAAAAAUUACCUACUUUCCACCCAAUCAUAUUGAUACAACAAAAAUUGCAUAAAGAAUAUGGAAGCCGGGAUGAUUCAAGUUAGAAGUAUGGAGUGUACUGUAUCUCAAGAUUCAACUCAGAACGAAGUUCAGAGUCAUGGGAAAAUACUCACUUUCUUAUCAGGACAAAUGCUGUCGCUUUCACCUUCAGAUUGGCUUGAGACAUAUUUUGUGAUUCCUGUUUUGGGUUUUGUAUGCAAAUCACAUCCCUGUAGCUUUGACAAAUUUUCAGGAAUAUUUAAUUAGGGGGAAAUUAUUAGGGGAGAAUAAGGGGAAAAUUUUAGAGAAAUAACAGACUUUGGGAAAGUUGGCUUUUUCAGUUUUAAAAUUAUUUUAGGUUCGCGUGUAUAACUUCAUUGUUUUCAGACAAAACUAGAUGAUAUUUAUCCCUAAAAUCAUAGCAUCAUUUUUUAAACAGCUAGGUCAAAGUGAUUUAGGAAAAAAUUCACUGACUGCCCCCAAGUGGAUGGUGUCCUCUGCACAGGAAAUGAUCUGACUUAAAACAUCCUACCUGUACUAUACCAGGGCUUUUCAAACUAUUUUAUGGAAGUCUAGCAAUCUGCAAGAAUGCGAUAUACCAUCGUUCCACGAGAGAAUUGGAUAAAUGUUUCCCACCCACCCCCUUUGGAUAAUUACCCAUAAACCCAUAACCCAAUCACAACAGGGACAUUUAAAUAAAGAGGGUUUAACCUACAUUGGGGGGGAAAAACCCUUUAUAGCAAUAACACUAGCAACAGCACUUAGACUUAAGUAUCACUUCACAGUGCUUUACAGCCCUCUCUAAGCAGUUUACAGAGUCAGUAUAUUGCCCCCAACAAUUUGGGUCCUCAUUUUACCCACCUCGGAAGAAUGGAAGGCUGAGUCAGCCUUGAGCCUGGUGGUAUUUGAAUUGCCAAAUUGCAGGCAGCCAGCAGUCUGCAGAAGUAGCCUGCAGUACAGCACUCUAACCACUGCACCAGCGAGGCUCUUUAUUACAAGCAGUUUUGAGGUAAUAAAGGGAAAAGUUUGGAAAGCAUUGUACUGAAGGCAAAACAAAAAUUAAUUUAAAUACAGCCAUUUUUCUAUCACUGAGCUUUGCCUCUCGAUCAGGAGUUCCGGAUUUGGUUCAGGUCUUCUAAUACUUGAUUAUAAUGAAUGAACCCAUUACAUUAAACUGGGCAUUCAUCUGACUUUUUAAGAACAUCUUAAGGACUCUUUUCUAAUAAUUCACAAAUUACAGGGUGUUUGAGGUGAGUUAAUAUAUAAAAUUAUUACCCAGUUUUUAACUGAAAUAGAAAUAUAUCUGCAUACUGCUAACCGAGAACAUUUUCAGUUUUUUUAAAGCAAAACAACUAAAAUACUUAGCUAUGAAUUGAAUUAUGAUUUUAUGAGUAAAUAAAAGUUGAAGUUGGCGUAUCAACUAGACAUGUCAACAUAGUUUUAAUGGUAAUCAUUUGGCAGAUUUGGCUGGUUUUUGAAAUAGAAAUCAGUGUAUUUGUACACUGUGGCCUUAUAUUAAGCCUUAUAUAAUUCAUUCGUAAA